GUGCUGUGCUCCAUCAUCGCAGGGGUGCUGCACUACCUCUACCUGGCCUCCUUCACCUGGAUGUUCCUUGAAGGGCUGCACCUCUUCCUCACCAUUAGGAAUCUCAAGGUGGCCAACUACACCAGUGCAGGCAAAUUCAAGAAGAAGUUCAUGUACCCUUUCGGCUAUGGGAUUCCAGUUCUCAUUGUGGCUGUGUCUGCAAUAGUAGGACCCCAAAAUUAUGGAUCACAUACUCACUGCUGGCUCAAGCUCGAUAAAGGGUUCAUCUGGAGUUUCAUGGGGCCAGUGGCAGUCAUUAUCUUGAUAAACUUGGUGUUGUACUUCCAAAUUCUGUGGAUUUUGAGAAGCAAACUUUCCUCCCUCAAUAAAGACGUUUCUACCAUUCAGGACACCAGAGUCAUGACAUUUAAAGCCAUUGUUCAGCUAUUUAUCCUGGGCUGUUCUUGGGGCCUUGGCCUUUUUAUGAUUGAAGAGGUCGGGAAGGUGAUCAGAUCAGUCAUUGCGUACACAUUCACCAUCAUCAAUAUCCUGCAGGGUGUUUUGCUCUUUGUGGUACACUGUCUCCUUAAUCGCCAGGUGCGAAUGGAAUACAAGAAGUGGUUUAGUGGGAUCUGGAAAGCGGUUAAAACUGAAAGUAUUGAGGUAACACAUUCUACGACCCAAACCAAAACGGUAAGACCAACUUCUCUACAAUGCUGUGUACUGGCUGAACCCAACAUCUUGUACUGCCAGGAGUUUCCUGGUCUCUUGAUCUGA